UCCCUCUCAUCGCGCCACUCCCACGGGGACUGCCUCACCUGGUCCCCCGACCAGGCCCCCGACCCACUAUGUCGCCCUCCGGACGCCCUCAUAACGGCAGCCAACACUCGCGAACCAUGGGACAGCAACAUCAAGUACGCUCAGAUUACCAGCUACAUCCUCCUAGCCAUCCUCGUGCUAGCCAUCCUUCCUGGCGGGACACAUCGUCUGCGCUUGGUUCGACCUCGAGCUGUGAGAGGCUUCACCGGCCGAUUCCCCGGGUACCUCCCCAUGGUGUGCACCUGGCGUCGCAUGGCGUACUACCACCCAUACCCCUCCGUCCCGUCCGUCACGACCGUCCUGCUCAUCAGCGCCGUGACCCUCUCCCUCCUCAUCUGGAGCUUCAGCAUUCGCCCCUACUACCGCAAAGAUGCCACCUGGGGCUCCACUCCCCUCGGUCUACGCACGGGUAUGAUCUCCAACGGGACCCUCCCCUUCCUAUACGCUUUAGCCCUCAAGAUGAACCCCAUAAGCUGGCUGACAGGGAUAAGCCACGAGAGACUACAAAUCUACCACCAGUGGUUGGCACGCAUCGCCUUGCUCUUCGCGUGGAUUCAUUCCAUCGCUUUCCUCAUCGACGAUUCUCGUCCUGGCCCUCCCUGGGAAAUGCUAAAGAAGUGGUGGACAUACAGCCCCUGGUGCUAUGAUACGGGAGUGGCAGCAUUGAUCGCUAUGAGCUGGCUGCUCCUCUCCUCCACCCGCGUAGUACGGGACGCGGGCUACCAAUUCUUCUACCUGAACCACAUAGCAAGUAACUGUCUCUUCCUCGGCUUCUACUUUGCACAUACGGACGAUAUGAUGCAUAGCUGGCGAUGGCUCUGGCCCGUUGUGGGGGUGUGGGUGGGGAGCACGCUGGGCAAGUGGGUCAGGUCGGGACUGUUCGUUGGGAGGGGGAGGGUGGUGGGAGCUCAGCGGGGAUACUUGAGGAUUGAGGUUGAGGUGCCACGUAGGUUCAGAGCAAAGGCCGGGCAACACGUCUUCCUUCGUUUCCCGACGUUGAGGGGGUGGCAGAGCCAUCCAUUUACCAUCGCCUCGGACCGCCAAGAAGAACAAGACUCGGACAUCACGCAUCGCAACCUUCUCUUCCUCAUCAGAGAAGCCAAAGGCCUGACCCGCACCCUCGCUAACGCAGUGCGCUCCAAGCCGGGCGGCGAGCAAAUCCUCGACCUACCAGUCAUCCUCGACGGGCCGUAUGGAUCGACGUGGAAACUCGCUUCGUACGAUGCGGUUCUGCUGAUCGCGGGCGGGGCUGGCAUCUCCUUCGUCCUACCGCUUCUGCAGGACCUGGCGAGGAAGAGAGGGAGGCAUGACGCAGACUUCUUCUGCCAAAGGGUCCAGUUGGUUUGGGCCAUG